AUGCUGUCGGAGGUGCAGCCGUGCCUGCAGCUGCUCCGCAUCGGCACCGGCCCACAGGCCAGCCCGGGGCCCGGCCAGGCGGGGCCGCUGCCCACCCGCGAUCUCUACACCUUCCUGCCCGCUGGCCAGCGCUGCACCUUCCGUCUGGGCCGCCGGCCCGACCUCACCGACCUGUGCCUGACAUCGGGCAGCCGGGCCGAGGAGCUCAUCUCCCGGGUACACGCCGAGCUGCAGGCCGAGAGGGGGGCGGCCGGGGACUGGAGAGUGCACAUCGUGGACCGGAGUACGAAUGGUACUUUUGUGAAUGACAUUCGCAUUCCCAAAGGCCAGAGGAUGGAGCUUGCAGAUGGAGAUACGGUCACAUUUGGCCACCCUGACGCUGUGAACAUCCCGGAGGGCUCCUUGGCAAGUCAGCAGGACUCUGAGUUCUACUUCCUGUUCCAGAAGGUCAGCGUCCGCCCAGCGGACUUUGAUGCCAUAACAAUCCCCAAGGUUCGGAAGCAAUGUGGAUUCCGACCUGUUUGUUCGACAGACAAGUUUGUCUCUCCCCAACGGGCAAGGAUCCGCAGCUUCACGAAGGCACCCACCGCCUCCCGGGCAACUUUGAUUCUGAACUCCAUCGGCAGCAUCAGCAAAUUGAGGUCGCAACUUUUCAUGUUCCAUACGGAAAGCAGGGAGAGGAGCCAAUGUGGUGAUCCUAAGGGGGUUCUGGGGAAAUUUCAGCAGUUCUCUUUGGGUGCCCGCCAUUGCGGGAACAGCGCUGGUGUCGCCACGCCAGCCCUGAAGAGGCCGGGUGAUCGGCCAGUAACCAAGCAUCGACGGAAGACUGUUCACACCGUCCUCCCAGACCUAGAGCUGGAGGAGGAAAUCCAACGGUUUUCAGUGGAGGUGCAGCAAAGUGCCACCAACCGUCGGCACUGUAAGUCGGAGUCUGAUGUGGACCCAGAUCUGUAUCGGCAAUUGACUUUGGGUGUCCGGGCACUCUCGCCUGAACAAAAGCCUACUCUCAAGAAGCAUAAAGUGGAGCAGGACGGUCAUAUCAUCCGAGAUUCAAUGGAGAAUGCACACAUCACACCCACUGGAAAGAAGCGAGGACGGCCACGGAAGCAUCCGCUGGGCAACAUCCCUCUGGGUUCAGAGGUCAUGUGCAAGGUCUUCACCCACACACUCUACACUGCAGAACAGUGCGCUGCUGAGCGGUGCCAGUUGCCACAGGAAGAUACCGUGGAGUGGGUGCAGUGCGAUGAUUGUGACGCGUGGUAUCACGUGGCCUGUGUUGGAUGCAACUACACUGCGAUGAAAGAGGCUUCAGCCGAGUUCCACUGUGGCUGCACGUAACAGUAACUGUACAAAAUCAAAAGGCACGAUCUCAGUAACUCUCUUUCCAGUCAGGGUUCUCCUUUUGAAGCUUGGUGAGCUUGAGUGAAAAUGUCAACAAUCUGUUUGCCUCCUGGCCUUUUUUUUUCUCUCUCUCUGCCGUUUAACAUCUGAGAGUCUUAUCGAAUUCAGAUUUACAAGGCCAUAUGUUGCUGUCUUAUAAAUAACUUCUGUUUGUGAAGUAUUGUUGGCAAUUGUUGAGUGGGACUUGUCAAGCAAAUGAAAACAUUGCAUCGUUGUUUUAGUUUCACUAGAGGGAAUGCUUUUCUUCUGUUGCUCAUCAAAGGGCCCCCACUGUUGCAAAUCCUACAUCAUCGGUCAUAGACAACAACAUGGAUGCUUGGACUUUGAAAAGUGCCUGAAGGUCUGAUUGUUUUGCCAUCCUUGG